UGUGUCGAUUCCGUUUUGUGGACAGCUCCAGGAACACUGGAUUUAUAACUACCUUCAAGGCUGUGAACGAUAAGCAAUGCUCUAAGCAGAGCAAUAUCUCCCGAUCAUAUCCUCAAGCGAGGCAAAAACCUUUACAAGAACACAUCUGCCUGCUCCUUGAGCUAUGGAUAUAUUCUUGUCACUUCACAUUCUACUUGCACCAAGCGUUCAGAUUCAAGGGUCCUUACUGUCCGGCUAAUGAUUAUCGUCCGUUUUUGCUUUUCAACAAAGCUUAGUGUUAAGGUGCGUUCAUCUAGCUAGCAUUCUACUUGCCCAUUCCGUACAAGGCAACAUUCGGCAUACUCUCAUCCCAUCCGGGGGCUGCAAUCAUAUACAGCUUUAUAUGCGGGGCUCCGGCUGAAUUGAUUCAACCGCAGGUCAAAAACUGAGCCGGCAGUUUUUUUUUUAAAAACCAAGUCUUAGAACAUAAUGCAUCCGCAGCUUUCUUAUUGAUCUUGGUGAACUACUUCCAGUUGAUGGAUUAUCGUAUUGACAACCGUGCAGUCUAUCCAUAUUCUGCUGGAACAGCUCCCCUCAACCUAUCAAGUGUCGCAGAUGGCGACUCGACAGGUUCCCGACUCCCUGAUCCUCAAGACCGCACCUCAAUUGGACCCCGCAUGGGUAGCCUACGAGCAGUCGGAUACACCGUUCACCCCGCCAGACGACAUACUUGAGCGGCAGAAAUGGUACGCCGAGCGCUGCCGCUCCAGGCAUGCCAGUAUCAUUUCCCCGGGCAUGCCAGACCACCACCUGACGCAGGACGUGGCGACUCGGUGGCUCGAGGUGCCGACCUCUAACUCAGACGAGGAUCACAAGAUCCCCAUCCUCCAGUACACGUCGCCACGUUCCACCGCAGCUCCAAAGACGGUCGUGGUCUACUACCACGGCGGAGGGCUGUUUGUCGGCGAGGCCGACAGCGAGGACCUCUCGUGCCGCAAGCUCGCCAAGAGCCCCUGUGUCGACGUUGUCUACUCGGUGGGCUACCGGCUCAUGCCCACACACCCAGCCAGCGUGUGUGUCUCGGACGCACUCGACGCCUUUCGCCACGUCGCCGGGGAUCUGCACCGUGACGCGCGCGUUUUGGUGGUGGGCAGCUCCAGCGGCGGCGAGCUGGCGGCGCUCGUGGCGCAGGCCGCUGCCGUCUCGGCCUCGCGGGAUGGCGCGCUGCUGCAGGGCGUGCUGCUCCGCGGGCCGGUGACCUCGGAUGCCUUCACGGGGCUGGACCCUUAUGUUCCCGAGUCGGUGCGGCACAUGCACACGAGCGUCGACGAGCCGUCUUUUGCCAACUCGAUGCUACGGCCCUGGAAGAGGGCGGUGCCGAGGGAUGGGUUGCCGCUCAUGCCGCUCGAGGCCGGGGACGAGGUGCUCCGCGCCAUGCCCAGGACGUGGGUGCAGGUUUGCACCAACGACGUGCUCUACUCGGACGGGGUGUGCUAUGCUCGGAGGUUGGAUGACUGUGGGGUCGACGUCAGGGUCGACGUCGUGGUGGGUUGGCCUCAUACGUUUUGGCUCAAGGCGCCCGAGUUGGAGAGGGCGAGGAAGGCGGACGACGAGAUGCUGGAGGCGCUGGCUUGGGUUUGUCAGUAAGCAGACAGCAUACGUUAGUACCUUGCCAUUUUUUUUAAUACAAAGCUACAUGAAUUAUGAGAUGAUGCAAGGGUCCA